AUGUUACGCUCGCAAGAACUGAAGCCGCAGGAGGCUUUAAAUACUUCGACGCCCUCAGGUGUGGAGGUUGUGAUACCCUCCAGUUCACUUCAGUUGCCCUAUAUAUCCGACGAAUGCGCAGAUUAUAAAACUCGAUACAACACGUCUCAGGUAGCUCUUGGCAAAAUAAAGCGAAGGAAAAUUUGUGGUAUCACGUUCUACUUUAGCCCAGACUGUUGUUUGUUUUGUGUCCCCACCGUCAUCACCUUAUUACUUGCGGGGGCUAACAUUUUUAUCUUAUGGAGUGACAUAAAUAUUCUUGAAUUGAGUGUUGUGGUGGUGCUCCUAUUUAUUGCAUUCCUGACGUCUUUUCUUUUGACGUGCACUGAACCUGGUGUGUAUCCGCGUCUGAAUCCUGGUGAGGAAGAUCCCCUCGGCAAGGAUUCUUCAUUGGUAUAUUGCCGUGUGUGUGGCUUGCGUCGCCCUCCACGUACGUCGCACUGCUACGUGUGUGGCGUUUGUGUUUUGGAGCACGACCAUCACUGUAAAAUUAUAGGAGGUUGUGUAGGUAUCCGCAGCUUGCGUUGGUUUGUCAUUUAUUUGUUAUCAGUUGCAUCAGCCUCUUCAAUUGGAUUAUUUUGGUCAAUCCGCUUCCUUUUCUGCAAUGUAAUUUUCCCGGAUGCCGCGAGCGAAUUCCCACUCUCAGCUUUAACCCUGAAAUGCGAGGCUCAGAAGAACAAUAUUACAGGUACGAAUUCGAAUGCUGACUCAGCUAGGAGUGACAUGUAUGAUAUACAUGUAGGUGCUGUUUUUUUGUUGGCCUUUAAUAUUGCAAUGGUUAUGACAUUGGGGUCUAUGUCUUUAUUGUAUUUACUUCUAGUCUGCUCAUCUAAAACAAGACGUGAAAUUCGAAGGAAGAGUUCUACGGGAACUGCCAGACGCCGCUUUAGAUUCUGUGAAAACUUGAUGCAUACUAUUUUUCCACCACCUUCCAUGUUGGAGUACUCUAAGCUGAGGAUCAGUGAUAGGACUCCACUUAACCUUGUAUAA